AUGGAUAAAGUAGAUAAUUCAGCCAAGCCUGCAAGAAAGCAGUGGUGGCACUUUGACUAUCAAAAAGUACCCUGUGCAAGAUCUUCGCUUCUGUAUGGAAUUUCUGGCGGUUUGGUCGUAGGAGCCUUAGUCUUCACUAGAACUAAAAUUGUUAGAAGGUCUUGUGAUUAUGCUGUAGCAUCAUUUGCUGUCGUAUCCUUAUCUUUCUGGACUUAUUGCAAUUACCACGUAAGCAAAGAAAGAGCAAGACUACGUAAAAUAGUCGGCGCAUAUCAGUCAAGAGUUGAUUUGGCUCGGAAGCAAUCAGAGACUGAAGAUGAAAAGAAUAAUCACCAAGACAUCUCUGAGUGUUAG